GGAGGGAGAAAGCGUGUGAACUGUGUUAGCUUGUUCUUUUGGGGCGAGUUCCGAGCUUUUAUCAGAUAGAGAAGAGCGUGCGGGAGAGGCGGCCGGACAGAUGUGCGGAGGAGCGAUAAUCUCCGACUUCUUGGAAUUCGAGGACGGCCGGAAUCUCGCUCCGCCGCCGCCGCCUCCGCCGGAACUAUGGGAGGCGGAGUUCGACGCCGUCUUUGACUCCAUCGACUCCAAACCCCUCAUCCCCCAAGGUGGGGAGGUGGACAAGACGAAUAGGUCGUCGGGGGUUGAGGAGAAGAGCGCGGGGAAGGGGAGGAAGAACGUUUACAGGGGAAUCCGACGGCGGCCUUGGGGGAAGUGGGCGGCGGAGAUCCGUGACCCGAGGAAGGGGAUGAGGGUGUGGCUCGGGACCUACAGCACUCCGGAGGAGGCGGCGCGGGCGUACGACGUAGCCGCGCGCGAGAUCCGGGGGAGCAAGGCCAAGCUCAACUUCCCGGACGUCAUCGCGGCUCCAAAGCCCCCGGAGGCGAAGAAGCAGCGGCGAGCGGCAACGGCCGCGACGGAGGCGGUGCCUUGGCAGCCUUCGGCGCCGGCGGCGACGGUGGAGAGCUCCGCUGCGUCGUCGUCUUCUUCGUGUUCGAUCGCUAGUUCUACGCCGUUGGAUAAGUCGUUGAUGGAGCGGAUCUCGAAGCUGGAGACGUUCUUGGUGCAGGAGGACGAGGCGGUGGUGGGCGGUGGAGCCUACGAUCUCCGGCUGUGGGAUGACGUCCGCUUCAGCUAUUGAUCGCAACGGACGGCUUGGAUUUCACACCUCGAUAUUGUCGUUGUUUGUUUUACUUUAUCUUGAAGUUUGAAAUAAUACUACCGGUGUAAAAAAAUUUCGAAGCAUUGGUUCGCACGUGCCUGGAUGAAUGGGAUGGACGCGACGGUGUACGUGCCGGGCUUUCUUUUUUGUUAUAUAAAGUGUAUACAUAUACUGCGCACCUUUUUUAUACUGUGCUCUUUUUGA